AUGUUGCGUUUUCAGACGUUCAAUCGUCUGCAACACACGUCCGCCCGGCGAACUUGGACACUUCAAGCCCGCCUAAAAGAGGUCCUUAGGCAUUCGGCACAGCCUGUUGCCGUCCUCACUGCUCCUUACCCUAGACUCCACCAUAAGGAAGGCUCAGAGGACGUCCCUUUGUAUCAUGGUGCAACGCUCUCCUCGUUCACGUCAAUCUCCCUCCAUCCGCUCCCUAUUGUUGCCUUUUCCCUUCGACUUCCCUCUCGCUCGGCGGACUCCAUUAGGAAACCAGACCCAUGCAACACCUCAUCCGUUCCCCACCUCAUCAUUAACAUUCUUAGCGCGUCGCAAACCGAUACUGCCAUAAAGUUUUCUCGCGCAGAUCUCCACCCUAAACCAUUCUCGGACACGCGCUACGUGCUCUCAAAGGAGGGAAUACCGAUACUCUCGGGAUGUAUUGGUGCAUUGUCCUGCGCAUUGCUCACAUCGCUACCGUUAUAUGGUGAAGCGCUGACGUCGUACGGUAUUAGUUCCUCGGAACUGUACUCCUGUUCUGAAGCUGCAGAAGAGACUCCAGAUGUAAACUCGGAGCUUUUUAUUGCUCGGGUCAUGCGAGUCGAGGAUAACGAUGCCAGCGAUGAUCGUCUUCCGUUAGUAUAUUAUGGUCGUCGAUACUCCACUAUAGAGCCAUCCACGAACAGUCCUUCCUCGUGA